UGAAUUGAGCCAUGCUCGGUCCGGGCCUUCAAGUCUCCGUAGAUAAUCUCGGGUUGGUUAAUCCCGCGAGAUCUCAGCAGCUUUAAUAGACGAGCGCGCCAGAGUUCGGCCUUCUGUGGAAAAUUAUCACCAAAUGGCGGACGACGCCGGUGGUAGAGGGGGAUUUCGUGGUGGGUUCGGUUCUGGCGGCCGUGGGCGUGGUCGAGGCCGUGGUAGGGGUCGUGGUCGAGGCCGGGGUGCACGAGGUGGUAAAGCUGAAGAUAAAGAAUGGGUGCCAGUAACAAAGCUUGGGCGCUUGGUGAAAGAUAUGAAGAUAAAGACUCUGGAAGAAAUUUACCUUUUCUCCCUUCCUAUUAAGGAGUCUGAAAUCAUUGACUUCUUCCUGGGUUCAGCCUUGAAGGAUGAAGUUCUCAAGAUCAUGCCUGUGCAGAAGCAAACCCGUGCUGGCCAGCGCACAAGGUUCAAGGCUUUUGUUGCUAUUGGAGACUAUAAUGGCCAUGUUGGAUUGGGUGUCAAAUGUUCAAAAGAAGUAGCCACUGCCAUUCGAGGGGCUAUCAUUCUGGCAAAACUGUCAAUCAUUCCUGUACGACGUGGUUAUUGGGGUAACAAAAUUGGAAAACCACAUACUGUACCUUGCAAGGUGACAGGCAGAUGUGGUUCAGUUUUAGUCCGCCUGAUCCCUGCCCCACGUGGAACUGGUAUAGUCUCAGCACCGGUACCCAAGAAACUACUCCAGAUGGCUGGUAUUGAUGAUUGCUACACUUCAGCCAGAGGCUGCACAGCUACACUGGGCAACUUUGCUAAAGCAACCUUUGAUGCCAUCUCUAAGACUUACAGCUAUCUGACCCCAGAUCUUUGGAAAGAGACUGUAUUUACCAAGGCUCCUUACCAGGAAUUCACUGAUCACCUGGCCAAAACUCACACCCGUGUGUCUGUUCAGAGGUCCCAGUCUGCUGUUGCUCCAGCAACAUAAGCAUUUAUGAAAGAAUGAAAUAAAAUCAAAUCAUUUUUUCAUGA